AUGAUUCAUCUCACCAUAAAAAACAUCACAGGAAGCGUUAAAGAAUGGCAACAAAAACUUAGGUCACAAAAAUCAUCAUCAUCAUCUACUAUUAUAAAUACCAGUCAUAAUGAUGAUGACAAUGUAGAAUCUAUAGUGAAACCAUCAAGAAGACCAAUAAUGGCACCUCAAACAAAAGCAGAGUAUGAAGCAGAGCAAUCAAUAAUACGUGAAGUUGUAGAUCCUAUAGAUGGGCGUGUGAGAUUGAUAAGAGGUUCAGGUGAAGUGGUAGAACGUAUAGUAUCUAGAAAAGAACAUAAAAGAAUCAAUAAACAGGCAACUAGGGGCGAUGCAAUUACCUAUCAAAAAAGAUGGACAGAAAGAGCAAAUAUCAAUUAA